AUGAGGUGUGUGGUGUUGGGUUGGGAGUGCGCUGGAUCUCAGGAGGAUCUCAGCCGCACAUAUCUCGAGGAAAUCGGGUCGUCGUUCCCACCGCGUGCGUUCGAGUUGAUGACGAAUGAGCUGGUCUCCAUGUGCCGUACUGGUUCAAGGUGGGAAGGACGUCCACGGAGGGGCUGGGGCCGGACGGGGAGGAAGCAGGGAGUUUCGGAGCCGUGUGGGGACAGGAACACGGCCCCGAGAGGUGGAGCCGAGGACCCUGAAUGUGAGGAGCCGUUAUGA